AUUAAGUUUUAGUUUUAUGCUUAUAGGCCUAUAAUAGUUUAUUGAUAGGUUCAGUAUGAAUUUAAUGACAAUUUUCAUCUUUAUGAUGAUUUUUUUCCUCGUUUCUUGUCGAGAGGUUAUAAAAGAAUCUCAAUUUGACGAAGAAGACAAUACAUUUGACACAAACCCGAUUCUGAAGAAGAAUUUGAUAAAUAGAUACAAAGACAAUUCAAGGACGGACAUCUUGAAAAAUCACCAAAUUACCGAUCCUUAUUCGAAACAAAAGAAAACCAUCUUUCAUCAUUCGGGAACUAAACACAAAGAUUUCAAGAGAACUCACAGAAAAGUACCCGACAAUAGAAAAUUACUACAUCUUUCAAUAAUUCUAGUGUUUCUUUGCUCGAUAUUGUCGGUCGUAAUCUUCGCCAUUUUUCUGUAUUUCAUUUUUUUUCGUAAGAGAAAUUCUUCCGACAAAAAGAAUCCCGAUUUAGAAGAACAAUCGUCACAUUUAUUAAAAUUCAACGAAGAUGAGGAUUUUCAAUUGAGUGACGACGAAACAAUAUGCGAUCACGAAUCAGACAAUGCAAAUUCACAACUCGAAAAUGGGUCUGUGAAGAAUUUAACGAAGUAUGUAAAAGUUGUCGACGUUGUCAAAGAUUCCGACGAGAUGAUGACAAAUGAUUUGCAAGUUAAUCAAGAACACGAUUCUAAUCAAAAUCGAAUGGCUAUAUAUCCCAAUUCUUUAACCGAAUACAUUGUAACAGAGUUAGAGAAGAAAUUAAACGAAGUGGGAAGUUCGUUGAAACAACUGAAAAACAACAUAAAAGAUACUACGACCAUUAAUUUGGUAAACAAUAAAUAUGAUCAUCCUUCACGUAAUUCUACAUCUAUUUCGAUACAAGACAGAAAUAACGACGAUGCGCCUGCACUAGACACCCGUAUUCCAUUCUCAUUCGAAACCCACAGUUUUCUAACUGACGACGAUUCCUCGAAGCAGGAGUUCGAGGAACAGAUCCUAAAGUAUGACAAGGAAGAAUAUGCCGAAUCCCGAAAUUUGGAACCACCAAACCGUAAUCCGUCCAGCCAUGGCUCGAGAACGUACACAAAUGACAAGCAUUAUCUAGAUUUUCUGGGUUCAGAUUCCGGAAGGAUCCGUAAUGCUAAACAGAAUGGAAAAUCGAGAAAGAUAUUUAAGAAAUCGACAUGUCAACGCUAUGGGAAUAAUAAAGACAGUACUUAUUGUAAAAGGUCCUCUGAUUCGACAAAAAGUUUGAUCAGCUGCAAGAAUUGCAGGAAUCAUCAUCGCACGAAGUGGCUGACGACGAUGAAAAUGAAUCGUUAAAGAAUAUUUUAAGACAUUAUACAGAGAAUUAAUACAAAGAAACUUUACGUAGAUACGUUCGGAAGUUCGAAAAUUUGUUUAAAAACUAUUAUGAAAACGCCACUUUUACCUGACCAAUGGCAAGGACUAUAUACUACAAGGAUAGCCAGAUCCCUAUUCUACAAUGUUAGCCAGGAAUGCCAAGUUAGUGACGUCAGCACGAGA